UAUCUAAAUUCAAGCUACAUCAAGUAGUAUUAAUAGCAGCGAUGCAGUCACCGGCGGCCGCCCCUGUCCACCGUGCAGUGGCCAGUCUCGAUGAUUCUGCGGUGGUGAAACAAAUUGAGAAAACCCAUUACCCUAAUGGAGAAGAGAUCGACGCCCUGUCUAUCCUCAAUAUCGCCAAAGGCAUUUUGGAUGACUGCAAGAGCACUCCACCCACUAAGACUUCUGAAGAAGGAGAAGGUGAAAGUGCCACAUUGACACCAGAGCUGCAAUUUGAAGUGUACAGGCUUUCCGUCCAGCUUUCGUACAAGAGUUUGGAAGCAGGAGAAGAUGUGCAGGAAAAGACUGUGACUCUCUUCAACAUGCUCUCAAGCUACUCAUGGGAAGUUAAGGUGGCACUCAUCCUUGCAGCUUAUGUUUCCAGCUAUGGAGAAUAUUGGCUUAUUGCCCAGACAUACAGAGAUAAAGAUCAAGUAGCCAUGGGCAUGGUAGCUCUCCUGCAAAUGUCUGACCUGCUAAAAGACGACAACAAGAAACUAGAGACACUAUUCCAACCUCUUCAAAAACUAGUCAAACCCAUCCUAGAUUUGUGCUACUGCAUCGCUGAGGUUAAGAAAUUCUUCUUAUCUGUUUUUGCUUCUUCAGACACCAGAGGAGGAUUUCCUGGGUUAAGAGCCACGGUUAUCAUCUGUAGCUAUUGGAUCAUUAGAUCUGCUGUUAUUUGCACGUCAUAUAUGCAUUCCCUCAUCGUAAAGGAUCCUAGGACCACCUCCAUGGAUGGAGAGCUAGACAGCUUGGCUCGCAAGAUUCAACCACUGCGAAAUCAUCUCACGGAUCAACUCUUCAAAUGCUACAAAACACUAGAUGUUAUUGACAAGAUUGAAGUGGUGGGGCGAACCUUGAAGACUAAUGAUAUUGAUAAUAUGAAAGUGCUUAAGUUGUUAGUUGGUGCCAGGGACGACAAGCAGACAUCAAUCUUUGACCUCUCCAGUGAAAAACAGGUUAGCUUAGAAACUUUGAAGAACAAGACCGUGCUGCUGUUGAUAUUAAGCACAGACGACAUUUUCUCGGAGAAGGAACUUCCUUUUCUCCAAGAAUGGUACGCGAAAUGCGAUGAAGUCCAAAGGAGGCAGCAUGCGAUCAUCUUGUUUCCCAUUACACGAGGCCAAGCCAAGAAAUNUCCAUGA